GAUGUUUCCUGUUCCUGCGAGGAAUAUAAAAGGUGGCUGUGAUCACCAGCCGGGUCACAGCCUCUCUUACUCCACCUAAAAACUACAGCUCAGCUCAGAAGAAGACAUGGUGUCAAUCAAAGCUGCAGUGAUGGGGAUCACGCUCCUCGCUGUUUGUCUACUGGCCACAAACGCAUCACCAGUGAGACAUGGAUGCUGUCGAAAUUACAUGGCGAUGAAAAUCCCAUUUUCUAAAAUCAAGGGUUACUCGGUCCAGACCGUCACUGAGAUGUGUCCUAUCAACGCCAUCAUUUUCCACACAAAGAGGGGUCAAGCAUGCACCAAUCCUGCUUUACACUGGGUGAUGGACCAUGUCAACCGCUUAAGGAGUAAAGCACAAAUGGUUCACAUCAAGACAUCACAAGCGCAGGAAUAAAGAGUUUCUGCUUUUUGAAGACAGUUUUUCUGCAUGGUAUCUGCUCCAAUAACGCUUCCGUGAACUCCUGCUGGAAGCUGAUUUAAGAAGAAGAAAGCAGCAACAGCUCAGUUUUAAGAGCCUUGUAUCACGUUUUUAUAUUCUUUGAUUUUAUAAAAUGUUGUAUUUGUACAUGUUGUAAUAUAGAAUCAUUAAAGUUUUGUU